AUGGACACAAAUGUCAACAAGGGUGAAGGGGUGUCGAAUUUCGAAGCUCGAGGUACAACUUCUGUUGCAACUUCAUCAGUUCUUUUUUUCCUUAUUUCAUCAUCCACAAUUGAAACUACACUCAUUGAUACUUCUACUACCUUACCUUCAUUUCAUACACCUAUUCCAACUUCAUUACCUGCUUCAACCGUGUCACCUACUUAUACCAACAUCAUGAAUAAACCUAUCACUUCUCUUUUGUCUUCACAAUCCACCGAAGGUGAAAAGAUAAUUCCAGAAGAAGAUCAUGUUGAUGUUGAUGAUGAUGUGAUGGUCUCGUUUGCAGAGAUUCAGUUCGAUCCAGAGGAGGAUAACAUUCCUAAUCAUAUACUUAUGUCAGGAAAGUAG